AACUAAAGGCUGCCGCACGAGUGUAAACUAAAACAAAAUGCAAAUCCUGUAACAAAGCCCCGAUCUAGAAGUGCUAAACGAAGGUUAGAAAAAAUCGCCGUGCCAAAGUGGUAUUUUCCUUUUAGCGAUGCAAAAAUAGAAGCUCCUUUUUCCACUUUGCUGAAUGAAAGCGCGCGCCGUGCGUCACUCGUCAAGGUCUCAGCCGCGGCGGCAGCAGAAGCAGAAGCAGCAGCAGCAGCGGCAGUCGAAACCCCAGCGGCCGCGGCGGCAGCACCACCGACAGACACCUCCGUGGUGUCCGCAACUCAAAACGCGGUGCAACUUUCGGCGAGAGUGAUCGGAGACCGUUUCGUGGCCACUGUGCACCCUUCGAGGACUGAACCCUUUUCUCGAAGGGAUCUGAAGCAAGAAAUGUCGGCUACGAUGAACCCCUCGGCACCCGCUGCCUCUGGUAACAACUCGUUGAACUUUGCCUGCGAACGCUGCGAAGUCAAUGCCUCGUACUUCGCCAACGAAACCAUCGAGGAGCAGGAAGACCUGGACGUGAACACGGAUAUCUACUCUAAAGUCUUGGUCACCGUGAUUUAUAUUUCAUUGUUUUGUGUUGGCUCUUUGGGGAAUUCUGUUACGCUCUAUAUCUUAAUAACAAAAAAGACACUGCAGAACUUGCAGAGCACCGUACACUACCACCUGGGAAGCCUGGCAAUCUCCGAUCUCCUCAUACUGGUGCUGUGUAUGCCCAUUGAACUGUACAAUUUCAUCUGGGUACACCACCCCUGGGCAUUUGGGGACGCGGUGUGCAGAGGCUAUUACUUCUUGAGAGACGCGUGCUCUUAUGCUACAGCACUCAACGUCGCCAGUCUCAGCGUGGAGAGGUACAUGGCGAUAUGCCACCCUUUUAAAGCGAAGAGCAUCAUGUCCCGGAGCAGAACCAAGAAACUGAUCAGCGUGAUCUGGGUAGCGUCUCUUCUCCUAGCUACCCCCAUGCCUUUCAUAAUGGGACAGUAUUACGCCGGAAAAGUUAAACUCUGCACCACCAUAGUGCCCAAAACCACGGUCAAAACCGUAAUACAGGUCAACGUAUUUCUGUCGUUUAUCGUCCCGAUGGUCAUCAUUUCAAUAUUGAAUUCCAUCAUUGCCAAUCAGCUACUGCAGAUGUUUAAGCAGGCCUCCCAAGACAACAGAGUGUGUAUCAUCGGCGGCCAUUCAACUGUGCUCAGUGCCUCAGUGGAGCCCAGUCGUGUGCAGUCCUUAAGACAUGGGGUCAACAUCCUGCGAGCUGUGGUGAUUGCCUUCGUGGUCUGCUGGCUUCCCUAUCACAUUCGACGCCUCAUGUACUGCUAUGUGAACCAUUGGCCGACAUUCCUGUACGAUUUCUACCACUACUUCUACAUGGUGACCAACGUGCUUUUCUACGUCAGCUCAGUCAUCAAUCCUGUCCUGUACAACUUGGUAUCAACAAACUACCGACAGAUCUUUGUGCUCACGCUGAGUUAUUUUUUCAUGCCGUGGAGGAAAAAAAGGAAGAGAGCCAUCAUUGCCAGACAUUCAAAUAGCAUAUCUAGCAACCACACCUUCUCUACCAAUGCCACAAAGGAAACUGUCUAUUAGGCCCUCUUUAGCCUGCAGAUUUUCCUGAACAUUGGAGUUUCUGUUUCAUGUGUUCCUGUUGAGAUUUGAAACCUAUAUUGCUGUUGCUUUUGCAAUUUUUUGUCAGGUUUUGUCUAAAAGUGUUUUCCAAUUUUAGAUAAUGGCAUGUUCUUAAUUUAACAUCUUUAUUGACAAACUCUAUAAAUAUAUUGUUUUAACUAAAUGUUUAAAGAAAAGUUACAUAUCUAAUUUACUUAAGAAAUGUCAUUAAUGUUAAACAAUGUGAAAAAACUUAUUGUCAGUUCUGCGAGGGUCAUGGCAAAUGGAAUGAGCUUAUUGGAAUUGCCAAGAAAUGCCUACCAAUAGUAAAGUGGACGGUGUGGACAGUAGCCGCCCCAGCUAUCGUCUCAUACCUAAAUCCAAAAGUUUUGUGUUUACACUUCACUGUGAGGAAAUGUCUGACAGAGCCAUGUCAUUUCAAGUGGAUGAGCUGAAUGAAAUCUUUUAAAUGCAUAACUUCAACACAUACAUGGAGUAGACUCCAUUCACACUAGCUGUGUCACGUGACUGCAUCACAGAUCAACCUCAUAGUGAAAGGGACCCCUUAGAAAAGAGGGAAAAAAAAUGACAGACCCCCUCUGUAGGGAAACACCAAAUUAUUUAUCAUCACAAAAUGUACAGAACCCUUGAAGCAAAAUGCCUUUUCAGCUUGUUUAGAUUUAGAACUGCACUAAACAUUUUUUUUGUGAUCAACUUUUUAUUAAGUAAAUACAGAUUGACAGGAUGUAUCAAUAAACAUUCAUAGGAUAUAAAGUAACCCAUUCCCACCUUCUCCCACCUAGCCCGAGCCUUUGAACAUACUUUUAAUGAUCACAUACCUAGCAGGGUGGCACAGUGGUGGCACUGCUGCCUCACAGUAAGGUGACAAGGGUUCGCAUCCCUGUGUGGGUCUCCUCUGGGUACUCUGGUUUCCUCCCACAUCCCAAAGACAUACAGGUUAGGUGAAUUGGCGAUUCUAAAUUGGGGCUGGUGUGUAGUUGGUGUGUGUGUGUGUUUGCCCUGCAAUGUACUGGCAACCUGCAAAGUGCCCUGUGAUAGCUGAGAAAGGCAAACCCCUGUGACCCCUGCUCAGGCGUGUCUGAAACUGACUGACGUAUCUGGUAGAUCUGUGAGAUGGGUGGGCUCGUCUCUGACUGCAUGGUUUCUCAAUUCAGGGGGUGAUGGAUGGUAGAGAGACUCUGAUAUCAUCCUCCACAUGCAAACGUGCCCUGUGCUUUGUCAUGACAGCAGUCAGUGCUGAGAAUGAGGACUCACAAAGUCAAACUCGACAUAACUGUCAACGUAUUUUGCUUUUUUUAGAUAAAGCUGGCUUAUUUUCCCUUGACCAUGCAGACACUUGACCGCAGAAUCUAUCUGCUGUUUAAAAGUUGUUCUUCUUUUUCUCCAGACUAGCUAACUAGCAUCACUGCGACUGAGCAAAGCAGAGUAAUGAGUGGUUGACGCUCAUAUGAUUGACAGCCGUCAAAAAUGAGAGAUGCAAGGCUUCUUAAAGAUUUUUAUUGGCUAAGAACCUUAUAGGAGCGACAGGCAAAGAUUUAGGUUUGUGUGCUUAUGCUUAUGCGGGGGGUGGUCUCAACAUAUGUUAAAAAGGUCAGUCUUCUAGAUUACUGUAUUCCCCUUUAAAAAACCAAAGCACAGGACAGAGCGUUGCAGGGCGUCAGCUAGUCAGGUUUUGAUUGGCUGUCAGGAAAACAGGGGUUUGUGGGAUAUGUUGACAACACUGCAUACACACGCAGCCCUGUUGUCUGAUAAUUCUGUACAUUGUUUAACACUUCUUCAGUCUGUGUAGCAACGGACAUUAUUUAUUUGCACUCGUGUUGAUUGUUUAAAAUAAAUGAAUUGGAGAAUAAAGGAGAAGAGAGUGACCAUAUUGGUAGUACACCAAGUAUAUGUGAUAUUUAAGGCUCACUUAACUUACAGUUAUUUUGCAGACCUUUUUGCCAUAUAUUGUUGAGAAACGCUGCCAUAUUGGGUGCCUAUGAACUGCCUGUACCAAGAAAAAACACACCGAUGGUCUCAUUACAGAAACUUUUAUGUUCUACAAGAAAACCCUAAUCCUAAACCUAAUCCUAACCCAUUUAAAUGUAUUCACUUAGACGCUAUAAUCCAAAGAGAGUUACAAAAGAGGUCAACAUAAUCAAGCAAACAUUAGUCUGGGGGUCUGUUUUGGAAGAAUUGUUACAGAUCAAGGGUACAAAACUGGUCAUCACAAGUGGAGAACUCAGAACAAAAGUCAAGAGAGAUACAAUUCAUAAGUUACAAAGCCAUUAUCAGUCAGACAGAAAAUUCAGAGGACAACAGAGUCUCCAAGUGCUUCUUCAGCACAUUGAGGAAGUCAGACAUUCAAAUGGAGGUGAGCAGCUCAGUCCACCAGCUAGGAUUCCAUUAGAUUCCAUGCAGAGAUGACAUCACCAGAUGCUCUUCAUCAGCAGACCUGAGUGGCCGAGAAGGAAAGUUGGACUUUACAAGUGUCUCAGCUGACCUGUUGAAUACUCUGUAGGUGAGCAUCAAGGAUUUGUAGUUAAUACAGUAUGUGCGGCUAUAGGAAGCCAAUGAAGCGAUCUGAAAAAAGGAGUGACAUGUGGUUGUAACACUGACAUGACCACUGGAUUUUGAAUCAUCUGAAGCAGCUUGUUUACACACGGCGGCACUCCCAUCAGAAGAGAGUAGUCCAGAUGAGGCAGGAGUUGUAGUGCAUACUCUGUCAGAUAUGGUCUGAUCUUGCAGAUAUUGGACAGAGUCAGUCUACAAGACCGAGAAACAGUCAGUCAAGGACAGCUGGUCAUCCAUCGUCACCACAAGGUUGACUAUAGACCAAUAAUGAACCAAGCUAAACAGAGGCAGGGUGCUGAAUAGACAUGUGAGGUUGGAUAAAAAGAAGGUCUGUCUUUGCCAAGUUGAGCUGAAGAUGGUGCUCCUUCAUCCAGGUUGCAAUAUCAGUAAGACAUGCUGGGAUUGUAGCUGAUACUGUGUGGUCCUCUGAACGGAACGACUAAUACAGCUGCAUAGCACUGAUAUAAGAAACCAUGGGACUGGAUGAUGGGUCCUAGUUUUAAGAGUAAAUAGUGAUGGUAGGCAUGAAGGGAAAAGGAAAGAUCAUUAUCAUGGGAAAAGCAGAAGUUCAUAAACCAUGAGGUCAGGAAAAUCAAGGCACCAAAACGUUAGACAAAUUUAAAGUCAAGAAGCAAAAGAGAUUGUAGCUCCUUUAAAAAAAAAUAUCAAAAACACUCUUUAACUCUUUGAGGGCUAAAUAUUUUUUUGGAGCCUGGCAGGAAUGUGCAGUAGAGCAGCUGUCGGCCACCCGAGCUGUCUUCGUGUGGGUACCAGUAACUGGAGCCAAAAGUGCACCUGAAAUGUGCAAAGCAAAAUACCCCAUGGACAACGUUUUGCGUACUAUUGUUGAAUCGGACUCUUAUUUUUCAGACUCCGAUUUUGAUGCAAAUGAUCUGGAGAUCAAAAAUGAAAGUGAUGUAGCAGCAUCAGCUGAUCGGUCCCCAGCUGAUCGUAAUGCUGAACACGUUCGUGUAGCGGCCAGCAGCUGUGUGAAGACACUCCCUGUAUGUCUUUAUAAGUCAACACCCAUCUUGAAAGAGUUAAAGAGCUCAUUUACUAGUGUGGCUUUCUUGUCUCAGAUUGCUCUGGAGAAACAACUUCUUUUUCCUAACUUUCAGUCCAAAAGCAGAGGUGUGCCACCAUCUUAUAUAGGUAGGGAAUGUUGAUGCAAAACACCAUAUGAGAUCUGCGUCACAUAAAUGGCAAGGGUCAUGGUGAGAAAAAAAAACAGAGCACGAUAUGGUGCUAUAGAGAUAUCACCGUAAUAUUGAUAAAAUAAAAAAGGCAAUCAUUAACACAAAACAAUCCAAAAAUGAAACAUGGAGGAACCAGAGAAGUCAAACUGUUCAUUCACGACAAGUGACGACAAUCAGAGAAGCGGCAGCAUGUUGGAAUUGGAAUUGUGCACAAUGCAGUCCUCCAGCUCUUUACACAUGGCUAAAGUGGGGUUCCUCCGCAAGUAGAACCUUUAAACUUAGAAACCGUGACACAAACCCAUUGGUCAGGAUGGGGAUGUCAUACAGAUGUAAGCAGCGGUAUGUAGAUUGUGUAGUAAUUCUAAUCACUAUUGAAUAGUGAAAUCGAUAUGCUCAUUAUUUUUGCUGUGAUCCUCGCACUUUCACUUGUGCUCUAUUAUAAUAUUUCCCAAUAUUUAUCUAUAAUAUUUAAUGUGUUUGUAUAUUUUCUGAAAAUAUAUUUAUGUUUAUAAGAAUAACAGUUACAUUUACAUACCUACACUGCUGACCAGAAUCAACCAUACAUGAAAAAGUUGAAAUUUAUCCUUGUAUUUUUUUCUAUAAUUUUUACUGUCUAAUGACAAGGCUGUUUGAAACAUUACACGUUCAAAAAGGAUACCGAUGAUAUUUUCCAUUUAAGCAUACUACAAAAACAAACACUGCAUUCUGCUUGUGCCAAAGACGAGUUGUGUGCCUCUGUUUGCAUUUUGAAAACAUUAAAUUCAAAGAACCUUCCAUUUUUCUAGCAAUGCAAGGAUGUCGAAUGGCACCCAAAAGGUGACUGCACUGCAGAACUGAGCAUUGGUGUUCUCCCCUGUUGUCCAUUAAACUUGUAGCUCGAUCACAUUUGAAAAUAAAAAACAAAUUAUAAAGGAACAGCUGAUCUGAAACAACUAAACUUGUGUACAUUUUACUUUUUGAUGCUUACUCACCAGUACACUUAAGACAUUUGCUGGACACCAUCUGAAUCUUUUUCAUCUUCUCUUCUCGCUACCCAUUUUGUGAGUCUGUUUGCUGAAGUUAUGGUCAACCAGAGGUUAAAUCAGCAGCAAUAAGAGUAAGUCGAGAACUAGUUUAUGCCCUAGAAAGCAAAAUCCUCCACAAAAGGGUGUAUUGCAUCAAAUGCAUAUUACUAAUAUCAUAGACCGGGGGGCUGCAGCUCAUUUCUGGAGUGUUGCAGAUUCCCAUUUGAGCCGCUUUCUUAGUAGCUAAUUACUGGCUGUAACAGAACAUUACUUUUCACUGCUUAGCAAUAUACAGUCCGUAUAGAACAGGGGUGUCGAGCUCCGGGCCUGGAGGGCCGCCAUGGCUGCAGGUUUUCAUUCUAACCCUUUUCCUGAUCAGUGACAGGUUUUCACUGCUAGUUAACUUCUUUUCCCUUCAUUUUA